AUGGAUUUAAUUGUAGAACUUUAUUUUAAUAAAUCCGAAUUGAAUGAUGACGUGAAGACACUAAUACUAAAUUGGGUUUCUUUUUUUAAAACAAACUGGAAAGAUUUGUUUAAUAUAGAUAAAGAGGUAAUAUUAAAAUUAGAAUUUUUUUUGGAUAAUAAAAAAAUAGUAAGUAAGAAUGCACCACCAAACAAUGAAGUAUACUUACAUGAACUUAAGAAAAAUCCAGAAGUAGUUUUAAAAUUUAUGAAGGUGUCUCUGCAUCUUUUAUUAUUUAGAUUCUUAUGUCUAGAUAAAGUGAGAGACGAUAAAACACUACCUUGUGAUAAUAAAAAUGAAAAAGAAAAUAAUAAUGAUAUUAAUAGUAAUAAUGAUAAUAAUGAUAUUAAUAAUAAUAAUAAUGAUAAUAAUAAAAAGAGUAAGAAAAAAAAAAAUAUAAAUAAUAUUAUUAAUAAUAAUAUAUAUUGUAGUAAUAAAUACAAAAUGGAUUUAUUUUCUUCAAAAGAUGAAAUAGAUCCAUUAGCAAAUGAGUAUUUUUUAAUAAAUGAAUUAAAAUACGAUAGAUAUAAAGAAUCUGAAAUUUUUAGAAACUUUUUUUUUACAAAUAAAGUAACUAUAUAUUUAUAUAAUUGGAAUAAAGUAGAUAAAUUUGAAAGUUUAAAAAGUGAAAAAGUAAAUCAAUUAAUAUGUUUAAGAGGAAGUGUAUUAAGAGUAUCACCUAUUCAAUUAUUAAUUACUAAUCUGAACUUUCUUUGUGAUAAAUGUAAAUGUAUAAUUAAAGUUGAAUUUAUGGAUGGUAAAUUUGAAGCUCCAAAAAAAUGUAUAAAUAAUAAUUGUGAUGGAAAAAAUUUUUUACCUAUUAGAGAAUCAGCUAAAUCUUUAGAAUAUCAAAAAAUAAUAUUAAAGGAAAAUAGGAAAAUUAUGAAUAAUAUAUAUGAAACAAAUGACACUAAUAUUAAAAAUUUAACAGUUACUUUGGAAGCAUCUAAAUUUUUUGUUAAUUCAUGUAUACCUGGUAAUUAUGUAGAAGCUUUAGGCAUUCUCAAAGUUAUAUCUUUUAAUAAUAGUCAUUUAAUUAAUGGGAAGAAUUCUCUUUUUAAUAUGUAUAUUGAUUGUUUAUCUAUUUUUCCUUUGUCUUCUAAAAAAUAUUUAAAUAACAAUUAUUUCAAUGUUGAAAAAAUAAAAGAAAUUAAAAAUAAAAUACACACCUCUUUAUUAUGGGAAUCAUAUAUAGAUAAAGUUGAUAAUACCAUGCGAAACUACAAAAGGAAUAACAAUGAUUAUUUGAAGAGUGGAUUAAGACAAGGUGUAAAUAUACAACAUGAUAAUCUGCAUGGAGAUAAAAAUAAUAAAAGAACAAAUAUAUAUCUCUCUUCAGAUAAACAAAAUGAUAACCAUCAAAAUGUAUUAAAUGAUAAUAUUAUUAUGAUUAAUGGUGAGGAAGAAGAAAAAGGUACACUUCAUAAAAAAAAUUGUAAUCUGCAUAAAAUCGACCAGUUGAAUAAUAAUAUAGAUAUACCACUUUAUAUAAAUAAUAAAGAAAGUACUGUGCCCUCAUACAAAUAUAACAAAUAUAAGAACGAUCAAAACAAAGAUGUAUUAGACUUUAAGAGUGAUGAUAUAUUAUUUGAAGAUAAGGAUAACUUUUAUGAUAAUGUGAUAAACAUGUAUGGUGAUUAUAUAAAUGAAGAAAAUGAUACUAAUAGAAAUGUGCAUUAUAUUAAUAGUAGUGAUGAAGAGAAUGAAAAUUAUCAUAAUGAAAAUAGAAAUAAUAUCAAUAAUAAUAAUAUCAAUAAUAAUAAUAAUAAUAAUAAUAGUUUUCAUUUAAAUAACGAAUUAGAUAGUAAAGUUUUAGAAUUUAUUCAGGAUAUGCAAAAAAUAGGUUAUAAUAAAUUUUAUUUAUUAAUAUCUUCCUUUUGCCCACGUAUUAUAAUGAAUAGUUAUAUUAAAGCAGGUUUAUUAUUAAGUUUAUUAGGUGGCAAAACUAUAUAUGAUGAUAACAGUCAAAUAAAAAGAAGAGGAAAUAUACAUAAUUUAUUAAUAGGAGAUCCAGGAUUAGGUAAAAGUAGAAUAUUACAAUAUAUUAGUAAUAUUAUGGAAAAGAGUUUAUUUAUUUGUAGUACAUCUACUACUAUAAAUGGAUUAACUGCAUGUGCUGUUAAAGAUACUUCAAAUAAUGAAUAUGCUUUAGAAGGAGGUGCUUUAGUAUUAUCAGAUAAAGGUGUAUGUUGUAUAGAUGAAUUAGAUAAGAUAUCUUUAAAUGAUCAACAAUCAUUUUUAGAAUGUAUGGAAAAUCAGUCUAUUAAUAUAAGCAAAGCUGGAAUUGUAUGUAAUUUAAAAACUAGAUGUACUAUAAUUGCAGCUUCAAAUCCAAAAGAAGGUAAAUAUAAUUAUAAAAAAAGUAUAUUUGAUAAUAUUAAAAUUCCAUUCCCCUUAUUAAGUAGAUUUGAUUUAGUAUUUCUUUUAGCUGACAACAUAUCAGAGGAAAAAGAUUAUCACAUCUCAAACUAUUUAAUUAAUCCAAAUAAAAAAAAAAAUGAUUUCUCAGAAAAUGAAGAUACAAAACAUACUCAUUAUAAAAGUGGUGAUAAUAGUAAUGAUUCAUCUUAUGAUUCAUCUCAAAGUGAUGAAGACAAUCAUAGAAAUAAUGAAAAAACAAAAAAACAUGGGAAAAAAAGAAAAAGAGAUGAAUCUAGCCCUUACAUUUUUUCAAUAAAAGAUGAUCUUCUUUAUAAAUGUAAACAAAUAGAUGAACAAAAUUAUUUACCAUUAGAAUUAAUUGGAGUAUAUAUAAAAUAUUGUAGGAAAUAUAUAUUCCCCAAAUUAUCUGAAGAUGCAAAAAAAUAUGUCCGUAAAUUUUAUUUGCAUCUUCGUAAUUUGGCUAAUACUCAUAAUGAUAUAAGUGUACCUAUAACAAUUAGACAACUUGAAUCAUUAAUUAGAUUAUGUCAAGCAAGAGCACGAGCAGAUUUAUCAAACAUAGUAACACUAAGACAUGCAAAAGAGGUAGUAGAAAUAUAUCAGAAAACCAUAUUUUAUCCUUUACACUUAAAAACAUUGAAUUUUAAAGAAAAACCUACUACAAAAAAAAAUAAAGGAAAAUCACUCGCAGCCUUAUCACACGUAUUUAAGAAAAAAAUUAUAGAACAAGCUAAACUAAAAGACAACCAAAUAUAUAAUAAGGAAUUACACAAUUUGGCUAGAUCAAUUAUUCUUUCCGCCGAUUCAAACGUAACAGAUGAGGCAUUAAUUCAUUUUGUAAACAACGAAGGUUUUAUUUUAUAUAAGGGAGGUUAUUGGCAAGUAGAUUCUUUUUAUUUAAAAUAG